GUGAUAUUGUCUGAAGGUAAACUGCCAUUGAAGAUUCGUUUUCGCUCUGCAUUUGUAUGAACAGAAUCAGGUGCUGGAAGUAACUCUAGUUUAUUAAGGCUGAAAAAUAAAAAGAAAACCAGCUGAUCAGCUGUUGAAGAAAGACUCUGAUUGGUCAUAAGUAAGGUGAUCUUAAGAGGAAGCGCUUUCCGAUCUGAAAAAAUAAAAUAAAAAAGCCAAGUUCAUCUUAAAGUCAAACUGACCUAAGUGGUUGAAGUUCAAAGGUGACAGAGAGAAAAAGAGAUUGGUCGGAAGUGGUGUCAGGCAGAAGGACUAACCAGUGGAUGCGCCGUGUGUACUGAUGCGAAGCAGUGAGUGAAGAACUGGUUUUUGGAGGCGAAAGCUUCGGAGUUGUUCCAUCGGUGUCGGCGGCGUUUCGCUCGUUCCCUUCCACAAUUGAUCUCCAUGGCAUUAUGGCCACCAGCCCUUCCAACCCGUACAACGCGGUAAUCCACGAAGGCAUGCAGGUGGCGACCUCCCAGGCCAGCUACGGACGAGAGCCCCCGGAGAUGAAAUACAUGCCGCCGCACCAGGGCGGCCCCAACGGGCACGCCCUGGCGCCGCACCACCAGUGGGUGGGCCUGCCCCCGCACAGCGACCCCUCACCGUGGUCCUCGGGGGGCGGUGGUGGCGGCGGAAUGGGGCUGCACCAGGACAUCAAGCCGGGCGACAUCCACCCGGGGGCGCUACACCACCGUCCGCCGCAGCACAUGGGGGCGCCCUGGCACCCGUCCUCCCUGGGGGGCGGCCACCACAUGAGCCCCAGCCCUAACGGCAGCCCCCCGCUGCAGCACCACUACGGGGCCAUGAACGGGAUGCUGUCCCAGCCGCAGCUGCACCCGGCCAUGCGGGAGAUGACGGGCCACCCCGAGGCGCACCACCCGCACCACCACCCUCACCACCACCACCAGCACCACCACCCGCACCACGACGAGCACCACCUCCUGGACCCGAGGCACCACCCGGACGGCGGGUCCGAGGAGGAGGCCCCCAGUUCGGACGACCUGGAACAGUUCGCCAAACAGUUCAAACAGAGGCGCAUCAAGUUAGGGUUCACCCAGGCAGAUGUUGGUCUCGCCUUAGGAACCCUCUACGGCAAUGUGUUCAGUCAAACAACCAUAUGCAGAUUUGAGGCGCUACAACUGAGCUUCAAGAACAUGUGCAAGCUAAAGCCACUUCUUGCGAAGUGGCUGGAGGAGGCCGACUCGACGACGGGAUCGCCCACUUCGAUCGACAAGAUCGCCGCCCAGGGCAGGAAGCGGAAGAAGCGCACCAGCAUCGAAGUCUCGGUGAAGGGGGCGCUCGAGAACCACUUCCACAAGCAGCCCAAGCCCUCGGCCCAGGAGAUAGCGGGGCUGGCCGACAGCCUGCAGCUCGAGAAGGAGGUGGUGCGCGUGUGGUUCUGCAACCGGAGGCAAAAAGAGAAGCGAAUGACUCCACCAGUCAACAUCGGGCCGGGAACGCCAGGGGGCGCAGACAUGAUGCUCGCCCACAGCCCGCCCCUGCACUCGCACAGCCCGCCGAUGCUCUCGCCGCACGCAGCCCCGCAGAACCACGGCCCACACAGCAUGCACGGGCAGUCGCUGGCGGCCCACUGACAAAUAGCCCCAUGCUUCGUUCUGCCGGGGCACCACCACCCGCUUUACGACUGAUAGGAGAGAAGCCGACUCUACAGGCCUCCAUACGCUCUACAGCCAUGCUGCCCGGAAAGAUUCCUCGCCGUUCCACGACGCUCAGGAUGGUGAUUCUUCAAUCGAAGUCACCGAGGCCUCGAAUUUGCCACAAACUAGUCUCUGCAGAGCUCUCAGGUUCCAUUCGACGCCUGGAACUGCAGAAGUUGAUUUCUUUUGAAAAUAUGAAGACUUGAGAAGAUCAGAUUCUGAGAUAAGUUCCGAUGCUGAAGCAUUCAUUGUUGAUGGUGAUCUUCUUCUCAUUCCACAAAAGUUCUCGGGAAGUCAUCGAGGCCUUGAAUUUACAACAAACUAGUCUAUGCAGGGCUCUCAGGUUCUAUUCGAUGCCCGGAACUGCAGAAGUUGAUUUCUUUGGAAAAUAUGAAGACUUGACGAGACUAGAUUCUUAGAUAAGCUCCGAUGCUGAAGCAUUCAUUGUUGAUGUGGAUCUUCUGCUCAUUACACAAGUGUCAUCGAGGCCUUGAAUUUGCACCAAACUAGUCUCUGCAGUGCUCUCAGAAUCAAAUUCCACUCUAUUUCUGAAAACUGCAGAAGUGUAUUUCUUUGGAACAAUAUCGAAACUCGGCAAGACCUCCGAGAUAACCUCCGAUACUGAAGCAUUCGUUAUACGAGUUUGAUGACGCAAAACCUUUUGGUUUUGCUACAACCAUCCAGACCUGGAGAACCUGAGCCCGAAACUAGUCAGGGUGCUCAGACUCUAAUUUCAUAGGAUACCUGCAGUGUCUUUCAGAUCCUUUUAUAUCAGUUGCUUGCAAUUUCCUCACAAGUUGAUUCCGACCUCAUAAUGAAACUGAGGAUGUUGAGACAUAAACUCCACAAGCUUCGAAGCUAAAGAGUCUUUUGAUUCUAACAGCUACUAUUACUUCAAACAAUGUUCAGGCAUUCUAUCUGCAACACACUAGUCUCUGUAGACAACUGGACCUCAAUGCACAAUUUCUGCAGAAACUUAAAACUUAAGUAAAAAUGCCAGUACCCACCACAUCAUUAUCUUGACUUAAAGAAUAUUUUCAAGUUCUUUACGAGACAAAGAUCUUGAUUCCUAGUUUGUGAAAACUAUGUCUUUUACAGAGCUUUUCACCAAAGCUCUGCAGGACUUUCAAGACGAUCGUUCUUCACUAUUCUGGAAUUCAAGAACAGUGAUAAUUCGACAUUUUCUUCUGAUGAGAAGAUUGUAGAACACUCAGGCCUCAACUUCACCUCUCCGGUAUGAACUAAGCAGCAUCUUAUACAUAACAGAGUAUAUAUAUAUUGUACAUAUGAACAAAAGUGACUAUGACCAUCAAUGAAGAACUAGUUUGAUGUAUUGAUGUACCAUAGGAAAGAAUUGUAUAAAGAAAAUUUUUGUGGUAAAUCUCCGACACGUAUAAAUAAUAUAUAUAUAUAUAAAUAUACAUAGUGCCAAUAUUGUCCUUUUUCACCUCAGACGUUUUUUAAAAAAUAACUCACCGUACGCCAACACCAAGUCAUUUGUACAUUUGAACUCCAGCUCAACUUUUGUCAGUAAGAUUUUGUGCAAAAAUCUUGAGUUGGCCAGAUUGUGUGUGCUCCGAGUUUUUCAUCUGUCCUUAUGUCAAAGCUCAUUGUGCCACGCGUCAUGCGUGUUUUUGCUGGUCACAGAAUUUCACAACCACAUUAAAUGGUAAGUUUGAUUUCUUGUGUUAUGUUUCUUUACUUGAUUGCAAUCAAUGACACACAUUGGCAUUAGAAAACAAGAACAGAUAUCUGAUCUUCAUAAUCGUUUACAUUUUUAGCACAAAUUCUCAAAAUGUAGACUUAUAGACUGUUUAAAGAACGUAAUGAAUAACUAAAAUUUGUCUCAAUUUUAAAGCAUAAGGGUAUAUUGCCGUUUUUAGCUCCUGGGAGAAAUUAUUUAUUUAGUUGGAAAGCACUUUUGAUCACUUUUUUAAAAAUAGACAUCAUUAGAGCAAACGAAAUCUACUUGAAUCUUCUAAAAUCUUAAUGUUCUUGAAAAUUCGAUAAAAUCAGAAAAACUUUCGAAAUUUCAAGAAAGUGAAAAAAGAAAAAAAGAGAAAGAAAUUAUUUUCGUCUCAGUCAUUUUAUUUUAUGAUGCUUUAAUUUUCUUACAUUUAUCAUCAUAAUAAAGAUAAACA